GCACGGAGCAUGCGCAGAGGGCGCGGCGAAGCCGCGCGGGAGGAGCAUGCGUAGUGCCCUCGGCGAAGCCCAGCCGACCGACCCUCGUGCCCUACCUGCCCGGAGUCCCUUCUGAGCAUGCGCGAAGCGGGUUGUUCGAAGGCGCGUCUCGCUCCGAACCGGCGGGGAAGGGGAUCGCGGAGCCAGGUGGCUGCGCAUGCGCCGUCGGCGCCCGAGCGCCUCAGCGCGGGGGGAGUCGAGGCUUAAAUACAAAGUGAAUAAGAAUGUCAAUAGUCACAGUCCAGCUUGGUCAGUGUGGUAAUCAAAUUGGUCAUGAGGUGUUUAAUGCUAUCUGCAGUGACGUCCAUGGCACACAUGGGUUGUGUUCCAAGAAGGAGAAUGAAUCCUACCAUGAUGCUUGCAAAGAACGUUUUUUCUGCGAGGAGGAAUCUGAAGUACCUGUUGCCCGGGCUGUGCUUGUUGACAUGGAACCUAAAGUAAUCGGCCAAACCUUAUCAAUGGCUGCCAGGUCUGGCUACUGGAAAUACGGUGACCAGUCACACUUCUGUCAGAAGCAAGGGUCAGGGAACAACUGGGCAAAUGGUUAUUCUGUUCACGGGCCUAGACACAAAGAAGUAAUAAUGAAUUUGGUGCAAAAAGAAGCAGAGAAAUGUGAUCGACUCGGUGGAUUUUUCACAAUAAUGAGCAUGGCUGGUGGUACAGGAUCUGGCUUGGGUGCAUAUGUGACCCAAUGUUUAAGAGAUGCUUUUCCAACGUCAUUUAUAUUAAACCAUGUUAUCUGGCCCUACGGCACUGGUGAGAUCAUUGUUCAAAACUACAAUUCUGUUUUGACUCUGUCACAUCUGUACCAGUCAUCAGAUGCCCUUCUUGUUCAUGAAAAUGAUGUCAUCCACAAGAUCUGUGCUCAGCUGAUGAAUAUUAAACAGAUCUCCUUCAGGGAUGUAAAUCAAGUCAUUGCACAUCAACUGGGGAGUGUUUUCCAGCCCACUUACACAGCAGAAUGUGGCUUACACUAUAGCAGAAACCCAUUAGGAGACUUAAUGGAGACGUUAGUUCCACAUCCCGAAUUCAAGAUGUUGGGUCUUCGUAACAUACCUCAGAUGCCUGAAAACUCCCUCGCUUAUAGCACAUUCAGUUGGCCUGGACUCAUCAAGCAUUUAAGGCAGAUGCUCAUUGCUAAUGCUAAAAUGGAGGAAGGUAUUGAUUGGCAAGUACGACCACCACGUCUAGGCUCCUCCAUCCCCUCCAGUCAUUCCACAAACAAGCCACUGCAGUUCAAUACUUCCAUUGCCAACCUGGUUAUCCUGCGAGGAAAAGAUAUGCACAGCGUAGACUUAGGAAGUUUCCGAGAUCCCUCAUUAUAUACAUCAUGGCUAAACCCUCAGGAUGCUUUUAACACGUGGAAAACACCAAGAGCAUUUAACAAGUACGAGAAGUCUGCUUCUUUGGUCAGCAAUAGCCAGUUCCUGCUGAAACCUCUUGACAAUGUUGUAGGAAAAGCUUGGAAUAUGUUUGCUUCCAAGCCAGGUACAGGAGCACUAAAAUCCCCCCCGGAGCACCUGUUCUCAGAGCAGCUCUGGCACAAGACACCUAGAACGGCCAACACGCUUCUUGACAAGAUUCAAGUAACUGUACAAUUGAAUCUGAAGAAAACAAAAGAAACGGGAGGAAAGAUUGCACAAGAAGUUAAGAUAAACAGCACAGGCAAUUCAAGUUUGCAAGGAACAAAGGGUCAGGAAAGGAGACAGCAUGGUCCAGUUUCUUUCAGAGACAGAAAAGAAAUGCUGAGCACACAACCCUGCUUUUUCAAGCCUUUUCAACAGAUGGAAAGAGCCUAAGAAACAUGCAGUCUCAGGAAAGACACAUGGUCCCUUAAAACUCACAUGGUUUCUACACGUAAGUGUGAGCCUCGAAAAAAGUAUUUAUGGUUUUAGUUAGCAGCAACUUCUGCAAGAGAACUGCCAGUCUCUUUCCUGACAAUAUGGAAGGAAAAUAGACGUACCACAAGGUCAUUGCAUGCAGAUAGAACGAGCUUUGGGAAAUGCAUCUAAUCUCUUAAAGAAUUUUUUAUACUUUGUCAAAUGGUUCGAGGCAAUUUAACCUCCCCAGGCACACUGGGCGCCGGUGGUGCCUGUGCUCAAGUAGGUUAGAGCUCUGGCUGAUACCUUCCACCAAAUCGAUGCCACCUUUCAGUGAAAAGGCUUUAGACCUUAGAAAUGUCGUGCAGAUCAGCUGGUACCCAAGUAAGGUAAUAGGUGAAUUCCUACAGACUGAUGUCAUCAAUCAUAACUGUGGUCACAAUCUUGUGUAAAACCAGGCUAAUGAACACUUCCACGUAGUUCAUAGAAUUUGCCUAGAUCUGAGAUAUCUUUGAGAUAAGUGCAACACUCCCUAUAGCAAAAGCAGCUAAAUGACACACUACCAAGGCCACAAGGAAAAAAAAAGUUCCAACCACCUCUUAUGAGAAGGCAGAAUCAGACCUGCAUGGCCUGCUCUGUCAUAUUAGCUUUUUUAAAAAAAUCAAACAAAAAAAAACCCCCAAAAACCAAAACUGGUGGAUUAUGCCUUAAAUCACGUGUACUAAACAGACAGCCCUUCCCUCGCAGGACCCCUCGAGCAGGAACAGAGCAGCAGUCACCAGAGAAAAGACACCAACUUGCACUUUUUACAAGGACAGAAAAGCAGUUUCUGAGGCCAUCGGAGAAGGGUGCGGCAGGGCAGUUAUCAGAGCAGGGAACAAUACACCGAGCUGAGGAGUCCUAUCUCUUGCUUUUCAUCAGGAAAUAGCAGCUAGUUUCCUUAUUACCAGCUGCCUGGGCAACUCAUUUAAGCUUCUUGGGAAACCAGAAGAACAAUUAAGCUGGGAGUAACUCCCUUGAAACAUGAAGAUGCAGCACACUUACUUAUCCAUAUCUGCACAGCUCGUCAAAUGAGGUUUAAAGAAAGAUGACCUUUGAUUUAAUGCUAAGGUAGUCAGCGCUCUUUGAAUCAUUCCAUGAGUGAAUAAUAAUAAAAAACCUCUAAGACAAUAAACGGUAGUGUUGAAGGCAAACUAAAACAAAGCUUGGCCAAUUUGACAGGUUCACAUUUGCACAUUUGUUUUACCACAACUGAACAUCACUAGCAGUGAAGAGGCUAGAUGACUUCACAGCUCAGCAGCCUCUUCACUUUAAAUUCGGCACAGAGUAACAGUCAGCUUUUUUAACCAAAAUACCAUUUUGCUGAAUUCCUGACACAUGCCAAGAAGCCCAUCACAGAUUGCUGGGCUCUUCCCACUGCUUGUACCUGGGAGGCAAUGUCUUUUGGACAUCUGAUGGCAGUUUCUGCACUUGAGCUCCUUUCACUGUUUUGACAACUGACCCAGGUUGUUACAGCCUCUCCCAUUGAUGCCACUGCCAAAACAUUGUUUUGCUGCCUUUUAUGAAAGCUGAGUGGAUGCAUCAAUAAGCAAGUGAAAUGGAUAAAGAAAUAAAUGCUAGUAUUUCAUGCCCUCAGUUAGAGACUUGAAUUAGGAAAGUCACAGCAGGCUCAAAGAAUUUUUCACUAUAAUCCUUUUAAAAAUGAGUUUGUAAGAGCAUAUGCAAAUAUUUACCCUCAAUCUAGUUCUGAAUGCAUUAGCAGGGUGUUUCGCAGGGAAGGCCAUUGCUUCACUCCCCAUUUCCUGAAGAGGUUACAGCAAUCCACCAAGGCUCCAGCAAUUAAACCCUCACCUGGACCAGCCUGCUCCCAGCAAGGGGUGGCAGCCCAGCAGGAAGCCCUCCCUGGCUAUUGCUCUCCCACUUUCACACUCCACUUAGUGCUGCAGUCUGGAGAAGGCUGGGCAGAGUACUUACUGUUUUUUCUUCUUCCUCUCCAAAAAAAAAUAAUACAGAUUUACAGGGGGGGAAAAAAAAUUUAAAUCUCAGAAAAGCAAUUUCAAUUACCUUAUACAUAAUUACAUUCAACCUUUUAACUGCUGAUUACAAAGUAUUUUUUUAACCAUGUGCUUCAAAGAAAACAAUUACUUUUACCUCCAAGGAACACACUCCAUCACCACUUGCUUUUACACCUGCAAUCAAUUUUGUUCACUAAUAUUUAUAUUUAUGCUUGAUAAUCAGGGAAACAUCCACAGUAUUUGUGCUUGCAAUUAGCAAUGCCUGCAGUGAGAGGGAGGCUGAUUCUAACAAAUUAAAUAAUGAAACCAAAAAGCACAGCAGGGAAGGACCUUCUGGAACAGCAUUAAGCCAUCUUCAAGUAUUAAUGACAAGUAUCUUUUAGCAUGAACAGGCAGCUGGGUGAUUUCAGAGGGAGCUGCUUUAAUAAGAAAUACAGUAUGACAUUGGGAUGGAGGUAAGAAACUAGAAGCAGAGACAAGGGAGCAGGAGGUGUCCCAGUGGUUUUGAAGUGUGGAACUAGAUGAUUCAAACGUCUGACAUGGUCUGUGCUGGUCUCUUGGCUCGGCCUGGCACAGACCAGUGUGACCUUUUUAGCUUUGCUCCCAUCUACACAAUUCUUGCCCUGAUGGGGUACAUUGUGGCUGCCAGGGAGAGGGGCACACCAGCUUGCUUACAUCUCACAGGGCCUUCAAAGUACAUUGUUGGUGGGGCACAAUUCACAGGUCAGGCAGUAAGCUAGUAGACAAUUACGUGGAGGAUUAGCUGCAAUCCUACCUGACCUUAGCUCUGAUGUGCUUCUCUGAAUUGUUAGGCUGGCAAUACGGCCAACUUUCUGCUUUGCUUGCUAUUUACAGUGCACUUCUGAAAGCAGAGAUUUAGCCAUGUUCCACAGAUGAUGAGACCAAAAAAAAAAAUCUCUAUCACCUCCAAGUCAUCUUUGAUGUUUAACCAAACAUUAGUUAUUGUUACGAGGGCUGUUACUUCUGUGUGAUUUUCAGUAAUUCCAAGAAAAAAAGCAAGAUACUUCAUUCAGUGUCUAGACUGCAAGAAGAAUCAGCUAAAAAUGCAGUGAUCUGUGCCAAGAUUGUUUCUCUUGCAACAGGGCUCACUUUGGAUUUUUCUCUGACACACUUUAAACUAGAUGAUUGACUGCUUCCAAUGUGUAACUGAAAAUAUGUACAACAAAAGGAAACCUUGGAUUAAGGGAGCAAAAUACAUGUUUUCAGAUGAAA